UAGGUUUCUCUUGAAAAUAAAUUUACAAUGAAGCCACCAGAAAAGCGCAUGAAAAUUGAAGAAAUGGAGCCGUUUUCUUGGGAAGUCAUUCCAGUUCUUUCCGAUGAAAAGUCACAGGAUGUUGACCUUUUACCAGCAUAUGCAGCACCUAUUUUUAACAAGAAAGAAACCUCAAGGCUUGUUAAAGAGGUGGCAGGUGUAUAUCCACUCAAAUGUUUACAGCAUCUUAAAAGAGUCAGACCAUGUAAGGAAAAGAGCAGCACACAUCCUUUAGAAAUUCUUUUAUGCUUAGUCAGUGAUGUGAGAGAAGCACAUGAAACUAAAAUCAUACCGUCUCUAUCUGUGCUUUUCAAUGGGUCCUUUGAUUUCUCUGGUCUUGGUGAACCAUUUCUUGUGAAAGUACCAGCACAUCCUCCUUUAACAAGACCACAGUUUGAAGAAGCCAAAUGUCACUGGCCUACAUCCUUCCAUGAAGACAAGCAAAUUACUGAGGCAAUUGCUGGUCAGCUUUUCUCAAAAGAAGAAAAAGUUAAAAUGCAUAUGCACAUGGGAUUGGCUAUUGAAGCAGCAAAAGCAGGUGCAGGAAUAGGAAUGGAAGCUGUAGGUGCAGCAGUAGUCCAGCCCAAUAUAAAUGAGGUUCUUGCAGUUGGUCAUGACUGUAGAAAUGGCAUAAAUCCUUUGCUGCAUGCAGUUAUGGUGUGCAUUGAUCUUGUAGCCAGUGGACAAGGUGGUGGGGUUUACAGUUACAGAGACCAUCCUGCCUGCUCUUUUAUUCCUUCAGAGACUUACAGACCUGCAGUGUCAAGUUCAUAUUCAGCAGGUAACAGUGGUUCAGCUGAGGCUGAAGAAAAUGGAGUGUGCUAUAUAUGUACUGGGUAUGACUUGUUUGUAACUAGAGAACCUUGUGUAAUGUGUGCCAUGGCACUUGUUCAUUCCAGAAUAGAAAGGGUCUUUUAUGGAACAUCUUCUCCUGAUGGAGCUUUGGGAACAAAAUACAAAAUUCAUACCAAGAAGGAUUUGAAUCAUCAUUAUAAGGUAUAUAAAGGCAUUAGGGAAAAAGAUUGCCUGGAACUUCUUAAAUAUAAUUAAUUUUGAGCUGAUAAUUUUAACUUUUUAUAUACGUGUAUUUUGCCAUCAGAAUCCCAAAAUACAUUAAAUUUUUAUUUUUAUA